UGGGCUGGAGCAUGAUCUGUGGUCGAGACGGACAGAAACAGAGGGCUGACUGAGUGGCAGGAUGGGAGAGAUGGGUAAGAGGAGGAAAGGGGGGUGUGUUAGCCUUCCAGCUAUCAGUACCAGUAGGAGGAGAAGAGAGAGUUUAAAGGGGAAGGGGGAGGAAAAACAUGAGAGUGAAGGAGGUAGAGCAGAGACAGCCUGCCUGCUUGGAUUUGAAGGGGAAGGAAGGAAGGAAGAGAGGCAGCUCGCUUAGAAAGGACGGUGGAUGUUUGUGAUCUGAGAAGGCCGCGGCAACACUGUGACUAUAGUGUCACUGUAAGGACACUGGUAAGAUGUCAUGGCGUCCGACCUACCGAAGCUCCAAGUUUCGAAAUGUCUACGGAAAAGUGGGCAACCGGGAACACUGCUUCGACGGUGUACCCAUCACCAAGAACGUCCAUGACAACCACUUCUGUGCCGUCAACUCCACAUUCCUGGCAGUUGUCACCGAGAGUGCCGGCGGGGGCUCUUUCAUUGUUAUACCUGUUUCCCAGGUUGGCCGCCUGGACUCUCAUUACCCAAAAGUGUGUGGCCACCAAGGCAAUGUACUGGAUAUUAAGUGGAAUCCCUUCUUUGAAAACAUCAUAGCAUCCUGCUCUGAGGACACCUCGGUGCGAGUAUGGGAGAUCCCAGAGGGCGGUUUGAGGCGCAACAUGACGGAGGCGGUGCUGGAGCUGUACGGCCACAGCAGACGGGUGGGUGUGAUCGAGUGGCACCCCACCAGCAGCGCCAUCCUCUUCAGCGCUGGCUACGACUACAAGGUCCUGAUCUGGAACCUGGAGAUUGGAGAACCGGUAAAAAUGAUCGACUGCCACACUGACGUCAUUCUCAGCAUGUCCUUCAACACAGACGGCAGCCUGCUGGCCACCAGCUGCAAAGACAAGAAGCUGCGUGUCAUUGAGCCGCGCUCCGGGGCAGUCCUUCAGCAAGCCAGCUGUAAGAACCACCGUGUAAACCGAGUGGUGUUCCUGGGCAACAUGAAGCGGCUGCUCACCACAGGGUUUUCACGCUGGAACACCCGGCAGAUCGCUCUCUGGGAUCAGGAGGAUUUGUCCAUGCCAAUUAUUGAGGAGGACAUAGACGGCCUCUCAGGACUCUUGUUUCCCUUCUACGAUGCUGACACACACAUGUUGUACCUGGCAGGCAAGGGGGACGGUAACAUCCGUUACUUUGAGAUUACCACUGAGAAGCCGUUCUUACAAUACCUAAUGGAGUUCAGGUCCCCGACUCCACAGAAAGGACUCGGUGUGAUGCCAAAGCACGGGCUGGAUGUGGGAGCUUGCGAGGUGUACCGCUUCUACAAGCUCGUCACCCUGAAGGGUUUGAUCGAGCCUAUCUCGAUGAUUGUGCCAAGAAGGUCUGACACAUACCAGGAGGACCUCUACCCCAUGACAGCAGGAACAGAACCUGCGCUGUCCGCCAGUGAAUGGCUGAGCGGCAUCAACAAAGACCCAGUCUUGAUGUCGCUGAAGGAGGGUUACCAACGGCCAAACCAGUUAGUGUUCAAAGCCCCAGUGAAGGAAAAGAAGAGUGUAGUAGUGAAUGGGAUCGAUCUGCUGGAGAACGUACCACCCCGGACAGAGAACGAGCUCCUGCGGAUGUUCUUCCGGCAGCAGGAUGAAUUGCGGCGGCUGAAGGAAGAGCUGACCACCAAGGACGUGCGAAUACGCCAGCUGGAGCUGGAGCUUAACAACCUGAAGAACGUUAGCCCCAACAAUGUCUGACCUCUCAGCCUGCUGGACUGGCAAAGCUGCUUCCUUUGCCCCCGAUUCUGACCUCCAACAAGCUUCUGAGCCCUCCUACGCCUCUUUUUUGAUAUUAUCAUAACUUCACCCCUGCUGCUCUGCAUAGUCCACCCAAUAAUACAAUAGGUGUUGGAUAAUCUCUUUACUGGCACAAUUACGGGAAUAUUGUAAUAAUUAUAAACAUGAUAAGUAAUAAAGACAAGGCAGUGUUCAUGGAUUUCCACCUUAAAACUUAAGGCUUGAGAUCCAAUCCACUUAGGUAGUAUCUGUUUUUACAACGUAUUUUUAUCUAGCACACCUUAAGUGUUACGAUGAGUUAUUGCAUAUUUCCUGCCAGACCUCCUGAGUGUUUGUCUCACUGUGCCUACCCAAUCAUUCACCUUGCAAUACCUUGAUCACCACGCAAA